AUGGGAAAUACAGAGAAAAGUAAAGCCAAAGCCAAGUUCACUAUCGCCGAUUUUCUAAAGCGCUAUCCAGAUGACGAUACUUGCUUAGACCAAAUCUUCAAACUGAGAUAUGCGAAUGCAGAAUGUUGUAAAUCUUGCGGUGUAGCCGGUGCAAAGUAUUACAGGGUGAGAAAGCGCAAAUGUUAUGAAUGCGGCGAGUGUGGUUAUCAGCUUUAUCCAUUGGCCGGGACUGUUAUGGAAGGCACGAACACAAAGCUCACACUUUGGUUCUUCGCCAUCUAUCUGUUCUCUUCAUCAAAGAAUGGAGUAAGUGCUAAGGAAUUGGAGCGUCAGCUUGGUGUGACAUACAAAACGGCGUGGAAAAUGGGACACUUGAUCCGCGCCUUGAUGGGAAGUAACGAUUUACCAUUGCAAGGUAUCGUCCAAAUUGAUGAAACGCUUUUCGGUGGUAAAGCCAAAGGUGGUAAGCGAGGCUGGGGAGCAGCAAAGAAGACCUGCCUGUUUGGAAUGAUGGAGAGGGAUGGAAGAGUUAAAGUGCUGGCUAUUACCAGAUCAUGGAUACCAGCAUGA